UUUCAUACUCUUUAACAAAAAAAGAUGAGCGACAAGAGAAGAAAGGAAGAACGCCAAAAAUUGAGAAUAAUGCAGCAACCACCAGCGCCUAACCUGGACCAUCAGAUAAUAACUACAAAUCAUGAUCUCAGUCAACUUGUGCCGUCUUUUCUAGGACCAUCCAUUCCUCAACAGGCACCAGCAACUCGAGGAAAUCCGGCUCAAAAUGUCGCCGCAAGUACGGUGCUGGUUAGCGCGUACAACAUGUCUCCGAUGAUGAGCGCCGCCGGAACUCCUCGCAUGAGUUUUGCUGGGAAUAUGGUGCCACCGAAUACUUCUGCAGCUGGUGGCAUUCGACUGCCCCUCAUGUCUCCGGUAGGAAUGCACGGGUUGCCGCCUGGACCUCGAACGCCUGAUGGACAGCCUCUGCUCUCGCCUAUGGGUGCCUUCCCUGGGUAUCCAUACCAGCCUGUGAUGCCGCCCCUGGAGUCCCCCACCAGUCUCCUUCAGGCCAGGCUCCAGCACUCCCCAGGAUUCCCCUUCCCACAACAUGGAGCCAUGCACCCACAGGUCUUCUUUUCAGGUUACGAUGAUCAAGGGGGCCAGAGGGCACCCCCUAUUGACAAGAUGUCUUGGCUCGAUGCUGCUGAGAUUAUUUUAGAGGAAGCCCAGCAGCCUCUGCAUCUCAAGGACAUCAAGCAGAGGAUCGUGGAACAGGGUCUGGUCGGUCCUAACGCAAGGUCCAGUCUGGAAACGCUCAUGCACAGAGAUGCGCAGAAAGGCAGCAAGCGGUUUGUGAAAUUGGACGAGCUCAUUGGCGUGUUUAGACUCAUGACUGCCGAGGAGAGGAAAGCUGCAAGAAGAAGCAACAAGAAAGCCCCCAAGCAAACUGCUCCUAAGACCGCCGCCCCACCACCCACAACUGCAGUAGUAACAACAACAACAACAACAGCGAUGGUUGCAGCAGAAGCUACCACUGAGCCCACCACAGUGAAAAGUCCCACGGCUGCAGCUCAGGCAGAGAGGAACGCCAAGUUUAAGAGGAAAAGUCAGAAUCUGAGACGUCUCAUCAAGGCCAUGGUUUUUGAGAAUGCUGCCCUCUGUGACGAAGUCUCCAGGACAGAGGCCAAGCUGCCGAGAGCCAGAGCGGAACGUCGGUUCCUGCUCCUGCGCCUCCUCCACUACCAGUCCUUGACCGGCAAGCCACUGCUGGACACUGACCAACAGCCAACCGUGAAGAAGGAGAAAGAGACGGAGAAGAAGGAGACGGAGAAGAUGGGCAGGAAGGAAAAGACGGAGAAGGUGGCAAGGAAGGAGAAGGAUAGGGAGAGGAAGAAAGUCAAGAACAGGCACAAGCACAAGAAGAACAAGAAAGCUUCUAAAGAUGCUGAUAAAAAGCUGGAGGCUCAAAAUCAACUCAAGAAGAAGAAACCUAGUAGCAGUCUAAAGAGACACAUCCUUCCCAUACCUCUGAAUGAUGCAGGUCAACCAAUCUACCCUAUCGUCCAGGGCAGCUUGACCGUCCACUCCCUUGGAAAGGUCCUCCCAGACAAAGUGACCUUCCACUCUGACCGAUUCAUCUACCCGGCCGGUUUCCAUAGCACCCGUGUCUAUGGCAACAUGAACGACCCCAAGGAGAAGUGUGUUUACACCUGCAAGAUCCUCAACUGUGAAGGGGAAGCAAUAUUUGAGAUAAGUGAUGACCGAGUACCUCCCACCAUCCUGAGUGCUAGCUCUGCUACAAAGUGCCAUAGGAAGCUACUUCAGGCUGUCAACAAGGCAUUCGGUGAGGACAUCGUCAACGAGUCGCGGGACCGAUCCCAAGAGUUCUUUGGCUUCUCCCACCCCACCAUCCAAAACCUCAUCCAGAGCCUACCCGGAGCCACACAAUGCAUGGCGUACAGAUGGCUCCGCUUCGAGGAGUGCAAGCCGGAGGAGAGGGAGAAGAUCGCUCACUGGUAUGAGAGCGAUCCCACCGUCUGCUUCGAUGCUCUCAGGAGCGCGUACAAGAAGAAGAUGGAUGAGAAGCAAGCCACAGUUCAAGUAUCAACAUCUACCUCAACACCACCAACAUCAUCGACAUCAACAACCAUCUCAACAUCGAUAUCAUCGACCACCUUGUCUGUUCCAGCAAGCACAACAUCGUCAGAGAGCCAUAAUCUAAGAUCGUUGCUGACCUCGGCUCCCAUUGUUACGAUACAGCAGUCGAUAUCAGCAAGGCUGGAUGGUUUCUCGGGAGGGGAUGGAAAUUAAUAUUAACCCUUUAAAGGGAAAGCCAACCUACCAGUUCUGGUCAUGCGAUUGCAUUGUGAAAGAAACGUUAUGGA